AUGGCGGCGGAGUGCGCCGGCCCGGGAAAAGAACAUGGAGAAACCAUCCACGCUCUCUGGAAAACAGAUAACAAUAUUAUUUAUCAGAGUGAUGGGAGUAAAUCAUUCAAAUUUGAUCGUGUCUUUCAUAGUGAAGAAACCACUAAAAAUGUGUAUGAAGAAAUCGCAGGGCCAAUCAUCAGCUCUGCCAUACAAGGCUACAAUGGUACUAUAAUUGCCUAUGGGCAAACUGCAUCAGGAAAAACACAUACCAUGAUGGGGUCUAAAGAUUGUUUGGGAAUUAUACCCAGUGCAAUUGAAGACAUUUUCAAAAGGCUUGAGAAAAUUUGUGAGAGAGAAUUUCUCCUACGGAUUUCUUACAUGGAAAUAUAUAAUGAAACCAUUAUAGAUUUACUAUGUGAUGAUCAAAAAAUAAAACAUUUGAAAAUUCGGGAAGACAGCAAUAGGAACGUCUAUGUUCCUGAUCUCACCGAAGAAGUGGUUUAUUCUGGAGAAAUGGCUUUAAAAUUCCUCGCCAAAGGAGAAAAGAAGAGACAUUAUAGAAGAACCAAUAUGAAUCAAAAGAGCAGUCGAUCACAUACCAUUUUUAGGAUGAUUUUGGAACUCGGGGAAAUAGAUGAGUCUUCCAAUACUGAUGGCACUAUCAAGGUGGCUCAUCUGAAUUUUGUGGACCUUGCAAGCAGUGAAAAAACUCCUCAAACAACUGAUGGUGUGCAAUUGAAGGAGAACUCUUUUAUAAGUCAGAACUUGUUUAUUUUGAGACUAGUGAUUAAGAAACUUGGUGAUGGACAAGCUGGUGGGUUUAUAAACUAUCGAGACAGCAAGCUUACCAGAAUUCUUCAGAUCUCCUUGGGGGGAAACGUGAAGACACGCAUAAUUUGCACAAUUUCCCCAGGGUCAUUUGAGGAAACGCUGACCACGCUUCAGUUUGCCACUAUGGCUAAGCUUAUGAAGAAUACUCCGCAUAUUAAUGAAAUAUCAAAUGAUGAUGUUUUCUUGAAAAGAUACAGAAGAGAAAUAGUGGAUAUUAGAAAACACUCAAAGGAGGGUACUGAAGACCAAGAAGAGUUAAGAAUUCUUAGAGAUGAACUUAAAAGGCAACAAAAGAUAGCUGCACAGAAAAAGGGUCAUGCCAAGGAGAAGAGAGAAGAGCUCUCCAGGGUGGAGAUACUGGCAGAAAUGGCAGAGAAACUAUACGACGUGCUCCAGAAACUCCAAGAGGGACAACAGCAACGUCUUAGUACACAAGAAGAUUUGAGUAAUAUGCAGGUAAAGGUGACUGAAGUAAAGAGCUUAAGGAAUGAAUUCAGGAGCCAAGGACUGGAAUUGGAGCAUGCGGAAACUAAGAGACUGGUGAUAGCUCAGAAAUUUAAUGAAAAUUAUGAGGAGAUAAAAUCUAUAACCAAAGAAAGAAAUGAUCUGAAAGAAUUACUGGAAACAAAGAUAAAGCAACUUAAAGAACAUACAAGGCAAAUCGAAGCUACAGGCCUACAAACAAAAGAAGUAAUAAACAUUGUCGAUGCAAAUCUAAAAGAGUACGAUGAAAUCAUCAAAGGUCUAAGAAGAAGCAAUUCUGAAAAGGAAGCUCAAGCAGCGACCUCCCAGGACACAGCACAAUCUGACCCUGAAUUACAGGCAGAGCAUAUAGAAACUGAAGAAGAACUUAACCUUGAAGAAGCUUACCGUCGCCUGAAAAAGCAAAGAAACAAAAUGAAUGCUCUAAAAAUGAGCCUCUCCCAGAAGGAAGCUGAGCAGUCCAGUAUGUGGGAACAAUUGCAGUUGACCACAGAUGAAGAAGAGAGAAUGGUUCAAGAACUCUGUGAGAAACAGGAACAACGUAAUCUAAAAGGAACUAGUGAGGCUCAAGGGAGGAAGGAUGAACUAGAGCAAGCAAGGGCGCUUCUUCUUGCCAUGGACAUAGCCCAGCAGAUUGUGGAGAGUGACAGGCUCCGCUUGAGUAAACCACUUGAAGAAAGUCAAGAGGAAAAGAAACCUCUAAUUAAGAAAAGAGAAGAGCUGAGAAGCACAAAAGAGGCCCUUCAUAUAGAAAGUGAGCAGCAGGAGAGCAUCAAGGAACUGGGCACUAAGGUUCAAGAACUUAAGACAAGUGAGCUUCAACUUCUUAUGUUAAAAGAAGAUGCAGGUGAAACCCAGGAGCAGCUCAAGGAGCAGGGAGAUGGAGAUAGAGAAUUUAAACCUUGCUCACAAGACUCCUCAGAACCUCUCAAAGAAGAAAGUGAUGACCUAUCACGAAUAAAGAAAUAACUGCUUGAAGACAGCCUAAGGGAAAAUGGG